UAGGUACCUUAGGUACUUCUAAGGUAGGAGGUGGGUAGGUACCUAGGUAGGUACCUGGGUAGGAGAUCAGUAGGUUACUGAAUGAAGGAUAGGUUCGAUUCCUAACAGCGCUACUUGGUAGCCUUCGUUGUUUAGCUCAUCUGUCCAUGCAAAAACUACCUACCUACCUACGCCGUCGUCUGCGUCACGGUGAUUUAUCGACAACCGAGAAACACAUGAUAGUGUCGCCAUCCGCGAUGGUCCGAACGUGCCACGACCCGGUGAUCCCUGCCCGCCCGAGUUCAUAUGCCUCCGCAUAAGCUACCCCAAGUUAACCCUAGUCCUUCCCGACUGCCGCCGCCGUAUUAGCAUGUCUCACGGUCGCCUCUUCUUCGCCGACCUACCGCUCGCCACCCUCUUCCCACGACGACUUUCAGGGCCCGCUGCGCGACAAUUGUUUGGCGGUUGUAGGCUUCGUCUCAAAAGCACUGCCAUGAGCCCCAGGUAUGCUCCGAGUCGCGAGGGGGGGGUCAGGAAGCAAUCUGUGGCCGGGUCCUUCCUCUUUAAGCUUCCCAACGGCGAUGGGAAAGACGCUCAAGUCGCUCUGUUCAGGCGCAGCGCCAGAGUUAGCACCUAUCAGCACAGAUUGGCGCCCAUAUCCGGUAGCAUCGAGGCGGAUGACGUCAGCCCUCUCGCGACGGCGUUGCGGGAGAUUAAUGAGGAGACGAGCCUCACUCUCUCCUCCAUCGAACUACUCUGCGUCGGCAAACCCUACACAUUUACCGACGACGACAUUUAUCGCGAGGGGAAGGGAGAGCAGGGAAUCGUCAUCGACUGGGAGCACGAAGACUUUGAGUGGUUCAACCCCUUGGAUGUGAAUGAGUCUGAAGGGUUCGGCGGCGUUCCUAAGCUUGUAAACAGCCUACGAAGAGUGUGGCCAGAGUACGACCUGGGCCCACAAGCGGGCAAGGUUUUAACCUCCGGAUUGCGACAGCUAAGAGAUGAUCACGAGAAUGGGGCGAGGCAGCUUGCUAACAUGGCAGUAUCGACACUGUUGAACGUGAUCGCCUCGAUGGAUCAGCGUGCGAUCGACGAUUCUUGGUGGGGCGACGUCCGAAUGGCGGCCUGGCAUAUCUGCCAGACACGUGAAAGCAUGGGGUCUGCUAUCACGAGUGCUGUUGUUAGGGCGCUUGACCUGAUCCAGACUAUAUUGCUUUCAGAAAUACCACGGGGAGAGGUAGUCCCACGUGUAGUCGAAGCAUUGAAAGCACAACUAGGUCAACGCCGCUCUACGACCGACCGGAUUCGGGCCGUCUUUGUGGAUUAUCUUCGACACAAUGUCAUUCAGACAGAUAAGCCGCAGAAGCGAAUCUCGGUCCUCACCCUGUCGUCAAGCUCUACAAUAUCGGACUGCCUCUUAGGGGCAUCUGCAGACCUGGGGGUCCCCCUCGACCUCCGUAUCCUGGAGUCUCGGCCUCUCUGCGAAGGCGUAACACUGGCCUCAAGGCUCCUUGCGCCGGACAAUGCGUCGGUUGACUUCACGGUGACACUCUACUCGGACGCCUCUGCCGCCCUUGCUGCUAACGAUGUCGAUGCUGUUGUUCUUGGCGCCGACCGCAUAAGCUCGGCGGGGGACGUGAGCAACAAAAUUGGAUCAUUACCUGCUAUCCUGAGCCAGAGAUAUUCUGCUCCCGAUGCUAAAGUAAUCAUACUUAGCGAAACCGAUAAGAUAGCCCGCCCGGGGUUGGCGGAGGAGCACCCAGUGGAGGAGAAUAGCCCUAUGGAGCUGAUGCGGGCUUGGAAUGGCAAUGUGAAAGGGGCCCAAGUCAUUGAAGAUGCUUUGCGUACGACGGACGAGAGUUCGCCAAACAAAGUCCGUGUGAGGAAUGCUUAUUUCGAAUGGAUCCCUGCUCGGUACGUCCACGCAUACGUCACCGACGAGGGCCUUUGGUCGGUAGAAAAUAUCGCCAAAAGGUCGAAGUGGAUUGGGGAGGAGACGGACAGGUUCUUCAAGGACCUUUGAUUUAUUAUCAUUAGAGGGCGUAGCCCUGAAAAUCCGUAAAUAACGCCUCGCAUAAGCCCCCUCUCACUGCUUAUGAGAAAGAACUAGAUGAUAUUCUAUUUUAACCGUUCUUUUCCUACUACGAGAAACCCACCAACACUCUGAAAUAUUAUUCUCCAGAGUUGAUCGCUCAUGUUACUUACAUCCGCGCCUUUCCUCUAUACCUAUAUACACAGUCUUCCUCCAGAUUAGGACGAGGGAAUGGGCACCCGCAUCUGAGAGUAUUUGCGUAUCAUAGGCAGCGCAUCGAGAAAGGGCCUACGAGUCACCUUGCUGAACACUUAGCAGAUAACCUGUUGAGCAUAACUGUCUG